CUCCCCUCUCGGCUGGCCUCUGCUCACUCCCAACCUCCCCAAAGUCCCAAAUAAACAAACAAGCCUCCCUCCCUCCCUAUAAGCAACCGGCAAAAACCCAGCCAGCCAAAAACGCUCCCAAAUUCUUAUGCACCCUCGCCCUUCUCCUCCGCUCUCCUUUCCCUUCUAUCGCUUCGUUCAGCAGAAGGGGAGGCAAACAUAUCCUAGCUUCUAAAAUCGCCAGGAAAAGAGCUUAGCUUCCUUCGAUCCCAAAGGGCUGCUGGCAUUUGGUGCGUGUGCUUUUUCUCCUCUUCUUUUCCUAAUCCCAAGGAGAGGAGAGGAGAGGAGGACGAGGCUAAACAAAAAGCUCAGGCGCCGCUUUGGCUAAUGGCCUAGCUAGCCGCUCAGGGCGGCGUAGUUGGACGGCCGGCCUAAGGGGUGGAUAAGAGCCAGAGGCUUUGCUACCGGCCUUUCCUUGCCUUUGUCACUUCGCCUCAUUUGGUGGUCUCCUCUCUCCUUUGAGCCGCUCCUCCUUUGGCGGUGGUGUCCUCUGCUUGGUUUCCAUUCCAUGGUGGGCAUGGAGGUCACCGGCUGUGGCGCUUUGCUCAGAGAGCUUCAGAAUAAAAGUUCGGCCGUCUCUUCCAGUACUAGCAAAUCUGGGCAGAGGUAGGGGAAAGCGAGGGUGAGAAGAGCAAGGUCUUGUCAGAGAUAGAGAGGGAGUGCUUGGAGGUGUACCGCAGGAAGGUGGACGAUGCCAAUCGGACCAGGGUCCAGCUGCACCAGUCUGUGGCCACCAAGGAAGCUGAGGUUGCAUUGCUAAUGGCUACUCUAGGAGAGCACAAGCUGUAUCUCAAGAAAGACAAGGGCUACGUGUCGCUCAAGGAACAACUCGCCGCUGUCGUCCCUGUGCUCGACGACCUGAAAUGCAAGAAAGAAGAAAGGAUCAAGCAGUACUAUGAUAUUCGAUCACAGAUUGAGAAGAUACACUCUGAGUUAAGUGAGCAUAAUGAUAAGGCUGAUCAUGUCAACAGUCCAGCUGCUGAUGAACAUGAUUUGUCGACGAGGAUGCUUAAUAGCUACCAAGCGCAACUUAGUGCUCUUCAGAAAGAUAAGUCUGAUAGACUUCACAAAGUUCUGAAAUAUGUAAAUGAAGUGCAUUCUUUGUGUGGAGUCCUUGGAAUUGAUUUCGCAAAGACCGUAAAUGGAAUUCAUCCCAGUCUACAUCAGAAUGGUGUUGAGCAGUCCAGAAACAUCAGCAAUGGCACACUGGAAGGCCUUGAUAGCACAAUAUCAAAUCUUAAAGCAGAGAGAAAAUCUAGAAUCGAUAAGAUGAGAGACACAAUGGAGUCAUUAUGUCACCUCUGGAAGUUAAUGGACUCUUCCGAAGUGGAGAAGAGACAAUUCAGCAAAGUAAUCAGCAUUCUCAUAUCACCAGAAGAGGGAAUCACAUCCGCUGGUGUUCUUUCCCAGGAAACAAUCGAGAAGAUGGAAGCUGAGGUUGAGAGGUUAACAGAACUUAAAACCAACAGAUUGAAAGAAAUUGUCACGAAGAGAAGGGCCGAAUUAGAAGAUAUAUGCAAGAAUGCACACAUAGAACCUGAUCUCAGCACAGCCCCUGAGCAAACUAACGCUCUGAUUGAUUCUGGUGCUAUUGACCCUUCUGAGCUCCUGGUGAAUAUCGAGUCACAAAUAUUGAAAGCAAAAGAAGAGUCACUAAGUCGAAAAGAUAUUAUGGACAGGAUAAAUAAAUGGAUUGCUGCUUGUGAUGAAGAGGCUUGGCUUGAAGAAUAUAACCAGGACUCGAAGAGGUAUAGUUCUGGAAGGGGUGCUCAUGUAAACCUUAGAAGGGCGGAAAAGGCACGGAUUUUGGUCACUAGAAUUCCAGCUAUGAUGGACAACCUGAUAAACCGUACCUUCGCUUGGGAAAAUGCAAGAAAUAAGCCAUUCUUAUACGAUGGGGGACGACUAGUAUCUGUUCUAGAAGAGUACAGACUUAACAGAAAACAAAAGGAGGAGGAAAAACGGCGAUACCGGGAUCAGAAGAAAUUGGAGAGCAUCCUACUUGCAGAGAAAGAAGCGAUUUUUGGCUCCAAACCAAGCCCAAAGAGAGCAAGCAGCUUAACCAGAAAGACAAAUGGGUACCGUUCAAAUGGAAGCAGUAAUGGACUAAUGACCCCAACACCUCGCCGAUCAUCCCUAGGCAGUGCCACCCCUGAGCUUUCGACACCCAAAUCAUAUUCCAGUCGCUAUAAUAGAUACUUUGGUGAUUCAAGGCGGCUAUCCGUAUCACAACUAAACUUCGGCGAUGAUUCACUAUCAACAUUUACAUCAAUUAGUGGUUCUGAACCAGAAUCCCCUUCUAUGGGAUAAUCUCCUGGUCAAUCUAUUGGGUCAAUUGCCAAGUACUUAGCAUUGUAAAUGGACCAGUGUGCUAUGAAGUUUUUGCAUUUGUGUGUACAUUACUGAUGCCAUGUAUUUAGCUAUAGCUAGUAUUGUUGACUAGUAAGCACUAGGUUGGUUGACUUGGUUUCGGGUUUGAAAUUGAUGUUCCGAGCUGAUGGCUCUUUUAGACGAUUAGGCGAAAGAUGUAGUGAGUGGUUUAGGGGUAAUCACUUGUACCAUAUCAAAUGUCAUAAUUUAUGUGACUGGCUUGUGUGUUGCAACCUUGCAGAAAUAGUUCGAAAUAUAUGUACGGAUGUAAUACUUCUGCAGUAGUUUCUAGUUCUUUCUCUUGUGCAA